AUGGAGCCAUUUUUGCUGAAAAUUCAGAACGGUUCCAUUCUGGAGGGAAUUGGUUUGUGGCUGCGAAACCUGAAGAAGAAGUUUGACGGCGUGGAAGAGUGCGCCAUCUGCUAUUCCGUCAUCAGCGACCGCAAUUUCACCUUCCCGCGGAUGCAGUGUCGCGUCUGCAAGAAACGCUUCCACCACGAUUGCAUGUACCGCUUCUUCCAGACCAGUCGCAAUCCCACCUGCCCGCUUUGUCGCAGUCUCUUCUUCCCCUCCCCCAACUGA